UUCUUUUGACCACGUGGCCCCCCUCCCCCCACGCGCGUCCUUUUUCGGUGUAAUAUCUGGCCUCACUCACCCCAGACCCCGCUGUAUAUCCCAGGCGAGCCACACACACAUCUAGACACAUAGACACAUGCUAUAUAGGGAAACUACUGCUAUUUAGUUUGAACACUAAACUGGAUAAACUUAACAAUACAACUGACGUAGCUACCAGUGUUGUAGUUAAAACCAAAAGUCAACAGAAUUUGUGUGGACGUCUAAAGUGCUCCUAGUUGUCAACACUUAGCUACCGUGGGACUAAAUAUUUCAUCUUUUGUCUUCUUCUAGUUCUCCAGGUUUCACCAUGAAUGCCCUAGUGUUGACACUUUUCUUGUGUGCCGUCCUUGGAAUAUCCACAGCCUACUGGUUAACAGCGAACAAUGGCAAUGAUCCAUAUGAUGGAUAUUUUGAUGAUGACCAGGAAACUGAUUAUUCAUCCUCAUACAAAAGAUCAGUGUCCGGCUCGUCCACUAAAAACCUUUGCAUUCCUUGGAGGUCACCAUGCACUCACGAUUCUAAACUACUAGAAAAAUAUGAUUUCCUUAGGUGUUGUGGCAGAAGUACAUGCAAAUGUACACUUUGGGGAAAUAACUGCAGAUGUGAGUCUAGAAUUGGUGGAUAAUCUCCCCGGACAGACCGAUUCAGUCUGUAAUUAGACAUCCUUCAAACUGUAGAGCUCAAACUAUUUCAUACUUAUUAGUCAGUACAAAAAAAUGUUUCAAUCAUAAAUUUGGCUUGUAAGAAGUUUCAGGAAUUAUUUAUAGAAAUAAUUAAUUAAAUUUCAACAAAGUGAAAGAUAAUUUAAAAAUGAAAACACAAUGACAGAUUUCUGAAGUGUUUUUAUUGAAUAGAUGAGACAACCAACCAAAAUUGUUGAAGUGAUGUUUAAACUUUGGUAUUUACACAAUUUGUCAUUAAAUUUAUACAGAAUAAUUUGGAAAUAAAAUGUAGUUAAACAACUGAA